AUGCGACCGCUACCGGGCGGCGACGCCCUGCCUCCUACUGUUCGGCCGCGAUCUCGUAAAUCAAGCGUCGAUCAUCCUACCGCCCCUUCGAGUAAUGUCCCCACUACCUUCGUCAUGAAGCGCGUCGGGGAUUUGGAGCACACCAUGGCUCCUCCUCAUAGCGCGACUGCUCCAGCAAAGCAGCAGGACAGUACAUUCGGAGUACAGAGUCUUGCAGAUACUUUGGAGGCUGCUUUCGGCCCAGAAGGUACAGAUCCAGAAAAGGCUAGUAAGACGCAGCAUCAUGGGGCAAAGAGUUCAAGAUCCGAGUCGCAUAGCUCUUCGACAGAUUCAGCCACACCGCCAGACAGAUCCAGGAUAACUUCGGUACGGAAACUGAGGAGAAACUACACCAAAAAUGACUCGAUUACACACUUUAAACUUCCCGCCGCCAGCGUCGAUGUUCCUUCCCCACUCCCCACGUCCGCUAUGGGGAGCACACCGAGGUCCGCUUCGAUAACGUCGCUCAAGCUGUCCGAUGAGGAGUUUGCCAUGGAUGAUGCUGCGAGUCAGGCCGUUAUUUCGAGUGGAGAGGAGGAAGAGCAGGUAGAAAUGCAGCAGGACAUGGCGAGCUUUCCACAGCUGGUCAUGCCUGAGAUGCAGAUGCCAACCAGGAGGCCAUUCACGACCAGAGGCAAGGCUAUGGGAAAGCUGAGAGUUAUGGUGGCGGGCGAGACAGGUGUCGGCAAAUCGUCCCUCAUUCGAUCCAUCGUUCAGGCCUGCGAAGACAUCGUACACGUAGAUCCUCUAUCGCCCACCCAGCCGAGCGCGCCUCGCCCGACGAAGUCGAAAUCGCGCACAAAGAAAGCCGAGCAUGCGGUCACAACCCGGGUGACUGAGAUACAUGCGAGCACGAAGCCUUACCCUCAUUGGUGGACUGAUACCGAAGAGAGCGGCAUUCUGCGGAGAAGAAAGAGCAGUAUGGAUACUGUCUUGGAGAGAAACAUAUGUUUCGUAGACACUCCUGGGUACUCACAAGGCUCUGCGGAGAAGGAUAUGAGCAUGGUGAUAGACUAUGUCGAGUCGCUGUUAUAUCAGACCUCAUCAGUAACGACAUUAGAAGACAAUGAUGUGCUUGGGGUUGUCAGUGGUAGUGGGGGCGUCCUAGUUGACGUCGUCAUAUACUUGCUCCCACCAAAUCGUGACAUCACGAAAGAUGUUGAGUACAUGCAACGGCUAUCGCACUUUACCAACGUUGUGCCUGUCAUUGCCAAAUCAGACACACUUUCGGCGCAAGAAGUGGUAGCUCUAAAGACGUCCAUACUCGCACGGCUGCAAACUACUGCUCUUAGACCCUUCUUCUUCGGAAAGGCUAUGGACGAUGCUUUACUUGCCGUACAGGGCCUUCCGGUCGCUAGGACUUCAGGAUCAGGAGCGCCAACUGAGGCAGCUGAAUACCCCUUCACUACACCAACCUAUCCUUACGCCGUCUCUUCGACGUCUGGUCCGGACCACGAUAACAUGGAUGCGUCCUUGCUCAUGUCGCCCGACUACGUGCAGCCUCUUCUUCCAUCUGAACUCGCUACCCUAGUCAACCAAGUAUUCGACCCUGACUCCAUUGCGUGGCUUCGACAUUCGGCAGCGAAGAAGUUCUUAGCAUGGCGACGCAGGAUAAAGCUACCAGGCGACUCUGUAAUGCUGCAAAGUCUAGCUCAACCACGCAGUCCGACCACGGCUUCAAUCGGACUGAACGGAGCCCACCUGAAUUCAUCUGCAGCAUCCUCAGUAUUCUCCGCUGCAUCGCCAUCGGGUGUCCUGGUGCCCGGAUCAGGAUCACCAUUCUACCCAUCGAACCUACAAUCCCCUCUCCUCGCUUCCUCUCCCUCCCUAGCCAACUCCGAGUCCCUCGAGCCCCUAGGCAACUUUUCACUAGCAAGAUACAACAACAUCGCGCAAGGCGAGCAGCGCCUCAGCGAAGUACGGAUAGCAAGAUGGGCAACAGAUCUGCAGCGCAGCCGACGGAACGAAAGAGAACGAUUCGAGGAACUCCAGAGCAACGACAGGGCGAAAUGGCUGCUCGAGCGCGUCGGCGAGGAGGUAUCGAAAGGCACAAUCGUCGCGUCGCCUGGCGGUUCACCGAGAGCUGAAUGGGCGAUCGUUAGACACAACAGCGACGAGAAGAAGACUGCUAAGAUCAGUCAACGCUAUGCCAAAGCUGUUGGGCUAGACUCGCGAGAUCCGCUUGGCCUGUGCAAUUUCGGCGACGAAUUAAGGCGACAGAGCUUCGUUCUCGUGAAGGUGCUAGGCGGCAUGAGCGUAUUGGGUGCUGUCGUCGUGGCCGUCGUUAGGGCGUGCGGCAUUGAGACUGGGCUGCCUCAGCUCGGCUGGUGGGAGUGGAUUACCAACUCGGAGUGA